GGACGUUGAAGGAGUUGAAGAUUUGUAUUGUAUCGUGAUAUUCCGGUAGAAAUUGUCUAAAACGCCUUUCCAAAGUUGGAUAAAAUCAUGAGUGAUGAGAAUGAUGAAGCCCAUGAUGUUGGGUUUGUCUUAAUUGCAAACGAAAUUCUACAGAAGUGCAAGAUAAAUGGAAACGUGCAGUCGCUCAAAGAGUGCUCCGACUCCUUUUUUAUUGCUAUAUAUGAAGGAAUAUUGGGGGAGUCCUUGGAGGGUAUCAUAACCAAUGCAGUAUCUUAUGAACAACGGAUUUCAAACUGCAGCAAAGUCAUUGAAGCGUUGUCACAUGAUGUUCUAAAUGUAGACCUGUCCCACAUUACAGCAGAGAAUAUUGUGGAAGGUGAUGUACCAACAAUUCAAAAUCUUCUGGAAAUAUUUAAAGAGCUAUUAGAUUUCAUCCUUGAUGUGGACGAUGAAUUUGACCUGGACAAUGCUGGUGAGCAAGAUGACUCCAAUAUCUUGUCUUCUGAUCAUGAAGUCAUCUCUGAUGUACUUCAAGAGGAACUUGGUCCAUCAACUCAUGCUUUCAGAUUUACUCCAAAAACUACAGCUUUAUCCUCAGAUGGUUCAACAGUUGGAGAGCCUGAACUAUCUUCAAUUCCAAAAUGUAGCGAUGUUCCAAGUUCACGAAAUUCCGACCUUGACAGUAAUUCCACUGAUGAAAUUAUCAGAGAAAGUGAAUUAUUGGAACGUCAAUUCCUAAGGGACUAUCCUUCCUUGCGCAAGGUAAUUAAAGAUCAGGGGGUGCCUGUACACCCUGAACUUGCUACGUCAGGUAGGAUUCACACCCUGGAUGAAUGUUCAGACCCACCCAGAUAUGAAGAAAAACUACCAAAAGGUCGAGAUGAGGCUACAACAAGGGACAGAUAUACUGAUGGUAGAAUUAGAGAGGUGUGUGUAUCUGGUACAACUAAGGAUACUCGUGUAUCAAGUGGUACCACUAGAGAUGCCCCUGGGGCAAGAGGUACAAUUACAGGUGCUUCUAAACCAAGUGGUACAACUAGAUAUGACUCUGGACCAAAGGGUACAACUUGGGAUACUUGUGUACCAAUGGGUACCACUAGAGAUGCUUCUCUACAAAGUGGUUCAACUAGGGAUAUUCAUGUACCAAGGGGUACCACUAGAGAUGCUUCUUUACAAAGUGGUACAAAUAGGGAUACUCGUGUGCCAAGCGGUACCACUAGGGAUGCCUCUCUCCAAAGUGGUACAUCUAGGGAUGCUCCUCCUAUACCCAGCGAUACAGCAAGGAAUGCUAUACGAAAUGGUACAACUGGAUGGACUCCUGUCUCCAGCACAGACAAAUUACCUGGUCACGCGGACGACGGUGACACCAUACGCAGGUUACGUGAUUCAUUUACAAAACCAGUGACAAUCCCAACGGGAUUACAAGCGAAAUCACCAGACCAUUCUGGUGAAUACCCGUUUGGAACAGGGAAAGUUGGUGAUGAAAGGGGGUAUAGAAAGAGACACGAUUAUGGUGAUUCAUUAACAUCGGCUGAUACAAAACAUAAAUCUCGAGAUUUAACGAAUACAGAAAUCCGUACGAAAGACAGGCCAGUGAAACGCGCAGAAUUUCCUAAGCAUGCCAAAGGAAGAAAUGAACAUGCUGGUUUGACAAAAAGACCUGAGUUGUCGUCUGAAGAACCAGGAACCACAGCCGCGAGUUUGACAGCUCGUAGAAACGGUGAUAUACCAAGUAAAGCCAAAAACGAUCUACAAUCUGAGAACGGUUUAACUGCAAGAGGAGCGAGAAAAAUCGGUGUUCAGGAUACAGGUUCUGAUUUUGGUGAAGCACCGAUUCGUUCAAAGAAAAAAUCAACUCAUUACAGACAUGAUUCUGAUCCCACAAGGGAUUUCACGGACAUAAAUGGACCGAGGACUGUUGACGCCAAAUCACGACCGGGUGCGUUGGGGAUUAGGAGGGUGAAUAGGGGAGACCGAGGGAUAGGUAGGGAUGGCAAUGGAUAUGGUAAGGGUAAAAAGGGUGAAAAGGACAAGCGACCUCGGGGAGUAGUAGGUGGGCAAAGAGGAUCAAGGGGUGUUAAGGUGAUGAAGGAGGGGAUUGAGCAACGAAAAGCAAUAGGGGUUAAAGGGGGAUCUAUUGAGAUCAAGGAAGUUGGACAAAAGGAGGGUGAUGCAGUGAAUUCAGUGGUUUCAGAGGAUAUGAAGAGACAUACGGAUGGUUCGGAAUCGUCAGGCGUGUUCUGGGACGAUCAAAUAUCUCCAUUGGAUGUCUCCGAAAGAUUGCGAAACCCGAGUCAAGGACUCGCAUUUGACGAGGUUGGCCUCGCCAAGAAAUCGUCCGAGUAUGAAGCUCGUCAUCAGAGACUCGGGAAGGAAAAAGAAUCACGUGAUACACCUGUGGUCCGUCACUAUCAUCAUCAUUUUCAUCAUGCAAGUUCUGAAGACUUAGUACGUGAUGUAGACUUGAGUGAAAGGGCUCAGAGUUUUGAGAAUGUCGCUAGAUCGAGAAAUAAUGAAGAACUUGGUUCAAGUCUCACAAGAAAGGAUCCUAGAAACGCUGACCCAGAACCACGUCAUACACUGAGAAAAGAUGUAUUAAUGAAAAAAGAUGAUGAAAUAUCUCUAAAGAAACGCUCAGUAAAAUUCGAUGACAAUGUCGACACCUUCUUAAUCACGAACAGACUUGAGAGACUGAAACGAGACAUGGAAAUUGAGCGAAAUGAACAAAACAGGAGGGGAAUGCGAAUAAAGAAUGGUUAUGACGGGUAUUUGGAUCGUUUAAAUAAAGAACACAGACGAAUGGAAAAAGAACUGAAAGGAAUACCAAAGAAAACCAAAAAAUCGAGCCCCUAUCGUGCGAAACGUGUCGUGUCUCCCUCUCCACGUGUCCCUCAGAAGAAGGCAAGAUAUACCAGUACAAGAGCUAGGAAACGAAGCAGCUCAGCUAGUCCCAAGGUCCGCAAGAAAAAGAAAGCAGCCAAACAACUUGAGAAAGGUGACGUUAUUUUACCAACAUUACUUGACGAGUUUCCAUUUCUUCAUCUUUCUCCGCACACGCUGCAAACGAUGAGAAAGAAACAAACUCAGCAACUCUUGAACCUUUCCAAGUCUUCGCAAGCAGAUAAAAGACAGACCAAAACACAAAAGGUUAUCGAAGACGCCGAGAAACGACAGCAAACGUUGCUGAAAAUACUUCGCAAAGAUCUCCAACACAAUGAAAGAAUGCGUGAGCAGAAACAACGGAAGGAACAGGAACGUGCGAUACGUUCAAGACUUCGUGAAAAACGACACGCGACUGCGAGAGCACGCAGAUACUACGAAGACUACCAGUUACGAAUGAGGGCAAGAAUGUUGAAACGACGAACGAAAGAGGAACAGGUUUUCAAGAAUCUGUUUGAGGACGGUUUAGAAAUUCAAAAACAACGAGUCCGUGAACUACGUUCAUACGCAAAAGAACAGCGAGAGUUGAGAGCUUUGAAACAACAAAAUGAACUAGAAUCCAUCGAAAAUUAUUACCAUGAUCAGUAUUCGAUUUUAGCCGAGGCGAUCGCACAGGAAAAAGAAGCGCUUUUGAUCAGGGAGAAAGCACAAGAAAAGGUUAUUCAUCAAAUGCAACGCAAUCUUCGCCAGAAACUUCAAAAGGAAGUCUCGGACAUACAAGAGACUCUCGUUCGUGACGAAGAUGACGCGUACUUCCGACGACUGGACGCCGAAAGGCUCCGACGUCAAUUGCAGAUGACGGCGUUUCAAAACCUUAGCUGAGACCACUUUGAUGGUCACGUGAAGUAAGUAAUCCAAACACGUGAAGAAGUGAUCCAAGCGGAAAGGUAUCUAUGCCAUUCGCUGAGAAACGACAAACUGUAAGUAAUCCUGUUAGUAUAGUUUCAUAUAUUUAUAUAUAAUCCAUUUAAAAAUGCCAUAAAUAUGUAAAAAUGUACGAAUUGGACUCAAAAGAGACAUUCUAAACAAUAAGUCAUUCGUAAUUUAUUUAAACUAGAAUAAAAAGCUGAGCAAAAUCAGUUCGCAAAAUAUGAAUACAGCCAUAUUGAUUUGCAUUAGUAUCAAUUC